UCCAGCCCUUUUAUAUUUAUGGCAUCAUUUCACAUGGAGCACAAAAAAAACGGAACUAUUGUACCAGUUUGCCUAACGACAGUGAAUACUUUGUGGAAUAUACUCUACAUUUCAAGUUCUACUGUUCUUUUUUUCAUUGUUCCAGUAAUAAUAUUGGUCAGUUCAUACACAGUAAUGAUCUACAAACUUUCUCAUAGGUUAUAUGUAAAAAGCGAUAUCAAUCGCACAUCUCAACGUGAUCAUAAGCGAAUAAUACGAAUGUUGUGCAUUAUUAUUUUAAUAUUUUUCAUUUGCGUAUUGCCCUUCCGAGCAAUGAUGUUAUGGAUUAUUUUUAGUCCUUUAUCCGAAAUAAUACGAUUUAGUAUUGAUGGAUAUUAUUCAUUAUUGUACUUUUCAAGAAUAAUGUGCUAUCUUAAUUCUGCUUUAAAUCCAAUCAUAUAUACAUUCAUGUCUACAAGUUUUAGGAAACAAAUUUAA